AUGUUUCAUUUCUUUCGUACCGAAGCGGCUACUCACCUCGCCGGUGUGUUUGACCAGGAAUUCUGCACCAUGGGCCUUCUUCAGGCCUCGAAUCUUCAUCCGGCAGUUUGGUAUGCUUGCACAGCACUGGCAGCCAUGUACCAGAGGGAAAGCAUAGCAUCGAACACGGCGGCGGAGGCGGAACAACAACGAUUCUACGUGAUGGCUCUUAAACAAUACGAUGCCUCCAUCAAAAGCAUUGUAGAUUUGAUAGGCUCAUCGGAGAGCGACACCAAACACGAGAUUCUUCUUACGUCUUGCCUCCUCUUCACGGCUAUUUGUUGCCUGCAAGGAUGCUUGACAACAGCGCUGGUGCAUCUGCGCAAUGGGCACAGACUAUAUCACCAGUGGAAGAGCGAGGCCCAAAGGAAAGAGUCCCAAGAUCACCGCCCAAGCAGCAGCCUCAUCAACGCCAAAGCUCUCAUUGCGCUGUUGAGUCGACUAUGCACACAGGCAAUUGACCUACGAGACUCACAUUGGGAAGAAUGGGACAUUGGCGGCCCUGAUCUAGUGGAACCGUCUCCAGAGCCAUUCACAUCACCGGCUGACGCAUAUCUGGAAUUCGAGCCCAUUUGCAACGCCUUUAUGGAAGUACGACACAGGAGAAAGUCGGCCCUUGAGUACGGACAAGUUGGUCCAGCGGAGGAGCUUCGACACGCCUACCAAAAGGUUUUAGCAGCCUGGACCACCAAGUUCUAUCACCUCAAAGCCUCGAGAGCCUUUUCCUCAAACGAGUUUGAAGGCAUGCUCAUACUGGAAGCGCGCUACCUGUCAUUCUAUAUCGAGCUCAACAGAGACCCAGGCUCCGAGAUGCACUGGGACACUUUCCAGCCACAGUUUGCUAGAAUCGUGUCCUUGGCAGAAAAUGUGUUUCAAAUAUCCGGUCAGACGGGGCCGUCGAACCAGCAAAUGCCCAGGACGCUGGCCACACGGGCAUUUUCAUUCUCGUCGUCCGUCAUGGACUCGAUAUUCUCCGUGACGAGGUACUGUCGACACUAUGCCACUCGCCACAGAGCCCUCUGCCUGCUUCAGAAUUGUUCUGUAAAGGACGGCAUCUGCGAUACAAAGUUGGCUUCCGGGCUCGCAGCUGGGCUGAUGGGUGUGGAAGAGCGUCCCGGACAGAUGAAUUGUCUGUUGGAUGGUCAGCCAGACUGCACGUGCGACGGUUUCUACAUAUGUGGCGAGCAUAGGAUAACGGUCCUCGUUGGUGAGUUAGUCGAGGAUGGGAAGGUGGCAUUGAUGGCGCAAACGGCUAGAGAUGUGCGGUUAGGACUUCCGGGUACUUGUGUUCCCGUGUCUUGGUGA